UCAUAGUCAUUACAACAAUGUUCUCCAAAAUCGUAGCUUUGAGCGCCAUCUUGGCCGUCUCCGCGGCUGGUCUCCUGCCGGAGCCGCACUACUCCUCCGCCGCGGCCGUGUCCUCCCAGAGCAUCGUGCGCCACGACCAGCCCCAGACCUACGCCACCAAGCUGGUGGCCGCGCCCGUCGCCAAAGUGGCCGUAGCCGCCCCCGUGUACCACGCCGCCCCCGCCGUCGCCUACCACGCCGCCCCCGCCCACUACUCGUCCGCCGACGCCGUGUCCUCCCAGAGCAUCGUGCGUCAUGACCAGCAGCCCUCGGCCAAGCUCGUAGCCGCCGCCCCCGUGUACCACGCGCCCGCCCAGGUCGCCUACCACGCGCCCGCCCAGGUCGCCUACCACGCCGCCCCCGCCGCCGUGACCUACCACGCAGCCCCCGCCCCAGUCGCUUACCACGCUGCCCCCGCUGCCGUCGCCUACCACGCCGCCCCUGUCGCCAAGGUGAUCGCCCCCGCCGCUAAGGUCCUGGUCGCCCACCACGAGGAGGAAUACGCUCACCCCAAAUACGAGUACUCGUACUCCGUCGCCGACGGCCACUCCGGCGACAACAAGUCCCAGCACGAGAGCCGCGACGGCGACGCCGUGCACGGCGAGUACUCCCUGGUGGAGGCUGACGGCUCCAUCCGCAAGGUCGAGUACUCCGCCGACGACCACAACGGCUUCAACGCGGUGGUCAGCCACUCCGCGCCCGCCCACCACGCCGCCCAAGCCCACGCGCCCGUCCUCCUCGCUCACCACUAAGUCAAUUUAAACGAACGAAACAUAGAUGUAGCUGAUAAGAAAUGCAUUGUAAAUAGUGCUUAUUUAUUACACAAAAUAAAGAGAUCAAACUCUUA